AUGUGUGACAAAGUGUCUACAUGUUCAUCGACAGGAGAAUAUUGCAAUUCAAUGUUUGGUUGCUAUAGUUAUAGAAACAAUUCCGAUUGUUUUGAAGUAUACGAUCCAUGUUCUCAUUCAUUUAUUGGCUACCGAAAUGUAUAUCAAGUCAACCAGAUAAUCUACCAAGAAUGGCAUUCAACUAGUGAGUGCUCAGACAUCGAACCAGGAAUUCAUACUUCACAAUGUGGAGAAUGUUAUGAAAACUCUUUUAUCAAUACAUGUUUUGAUGAGAGUAACUUUAUAGCAUUUUAA